AUGUCCCUGUCGGCUCGGCACAAGCGGGCCUCAUCGCGACAGGCUCUUCAACAAUCAGUCAUCCCAAAACCUAUCCAGGAAACGGCUACUUCUGUCGAAUGGACCAAGACGGCCGAUCUCACUUGCUCAAGGCUCGUCACUAGUACUGCGCCCAUAUUCGCGCGUAAAGAGCAAUGCACAGGUGUGGCUGCAGAGGGACAUGGCUUGCUGAUGAGUGCAGACUCGGCCUUCAUCUUCCCUUAUAGCUCAGGACAUGCUGUACCGCCCAUCUUGACGUUUCCCAUGCCAGAAGGUGAAACUGCGUUGCUUGGCGCACUUGUCCCUGGUCCAGGCCAAGAACCAGGCUUGCUAGUCAUCAUGCCAACACAAGGUCUUAUUGGCUUUUGGCCAGCGUUGCACUCGGCACUGGCACCCAGUUCUGGUAUCGAAGUCAGAUUAUCCCUUUCCUCUGGUGAAUCUGUUGCGCAUCUUUGCAAUGCUGGCGCAGCAGGACUUGUCCUCGCUACUUCUAGUGGGCGACUUGUACAUAUCUCACUACGCGACGCAGCUGGUAAGCCGGUUGUCAAUCUGACGCCUAUGAGUACAGGAAGCGGUUGGCUAGGCGCUAUUCGCAACGCAACGACACGACGAGAAGUGGUGAGCAUCAAAGCAGGCGUUGCAAAAAGCAGAGAAGAACGAGAAGUCCAUGUCAUGACGCGUCAGGGUGGGCUGACUAUCUGGGAAGUCGCCCGGGGUGGCAACUACAGGAACCUGCUUGAUGCUGAUCUCUCUGCGUGCCUUGCAGCGGAAAAUAUGCAAGAGGCGCUGGAUGUCGCUUCAUAUCCAUCAGAAGCGAAUGCGGUGCUUGUACUGAUUCGCACACGGCAGGGCACAACAAAGCUCAUCACGGUACAGAUUGAUGGACGUGGGCAGCCAUCGAUUUUGCGGACUGUCGAACUGCCAAGUCUACCGGGAGCAUCACUACAUCUGCCCAAUCCUGGUCAUGUGGCUUUUGUCCAAACCAGCACCAAUGUCCACCUUGUACAUCUUGCAGACGGCACGACAGAUUGCGUUCAAUUCAAAAGGGGAGUUCUCAUCGCUGGAGUCGGCACCGAAGAUCAGCUCAAAAAUCGCAGACAAGCUGCAUUGAUUCUCUUGACAAAAGGCGCAGGUGUUCUGCGACUCGAAGUUUCCAGCAACACAACAGAUUCAGAUGCCAUCAAGUCGAGACUCGAGCAGUCCGUGUUCUUUGGAUCACGCGAGGAUAACCCAAUCAAUUUUGAGCCUUCGCCAAAUGACUCAGACGAUGCAGCGAUUGCCUUGUCGUGCGAAAUAUUGACGGGCUCAAGCAGUCUCCUCACCAGGCACAUCAACCUCCAAGAAGCACUGACAGAUCGUCUCGCAGCUGCCCGGUAUCUUGCCCAAUACAUCAAGAGCAAGGCUAGACCACUGACCACUCAAAUCCUUCGCCAAGAUGCAGAACGGCUCGCAGCAGGAGAAGAGCUAUGGAGAAUCACCAAUGCACGCAUCGAAAGCAGUAAACUCACCUCAGAGCUCUUGCCAGCAUCCGCAAAGCAGGCUAGCGAUCCGCUGAGAAAAUUCUUCCUCGAGGGUCUUCAGGAUGUUCUCCAGGUGGCAUUGAAUGCUCAUAUCUAUGCAGUUGAGAGAGCAGCAGUCUUGGACCCCAGUCCUCUCUCAGCAGUCAUUCAAGAAUGCAAUGAGAUUGUCCUUGCAGUGCUACAGACAGCGGUAGGCUACCGAGACCUGUAUAAGGCGCUAUACGACCAGGAUGGCCAGAAGUGGACUAGCACAUCAGAGGUGUUGCAUGCCGUGACUGUUCAAUUUGACAUUACUGCUGCACUCAUCAUAAGUAUGAAGGGUGGCAAGAGCGAGCCCCUCUGUUCGCAAUUGGCCGCAUUUGCUCAGCUCAAUUGCAGAUUAUAUGAGGAUGCACUAGUGUUUGAGCCCACCAGGCAAGCGCAGUACCAUAGCCUUCGCUCAGGCUGGCUCAAACAUCUCGUUGCUUGUGGAAAGACGGAUCGUGCCCUUGCAAUUGGAGAGUCAGUCAAGGACUACGGCAGUCUGAUUGAGAUUUGCCACGAGCAAGGCGAGCAAACGAGUGAUGAAGAAGUCAUCGACACAGUUGUGCGACGUCUCGAGUGGUAUCUACACACGUUCGGCUACGACUUUGCUGCGGUCCUUUGGGAGUACUACAUUCAGCAUCGGCAGUAUUGGAAUCUACUCCAUGAAUUCCCCAAUUACCGCCAAUAUCUCACACAAUUCUUUGAAGAUGGACGAUACCCUAACGUUGCCUGGAUGAAUGAAAUUAUACUCGGCAACUACGAAAAGGCAGGCCUGACACUACUUCGUGUACAAGAACCCAAGGUCGAAAAGCGACAGAUCCAGCUCAGCAUUGCAAAAUUAUCGCUGCUCGUACGAGGCGGUGUUCCUGCGGAACUGACUGGACAAUUACUCACAGCCAAAAUUUUACGCAAACGGGUCCACGAAGCUGCGACUGCGUCGCGAGACGCAAUCGAUAAGACUGCUGCUGUUGACUUGGCAGCUGUCACUCUGCUGGAAGGCACGCCUCAUGCGCUGAGCGACUUGUUGCGUCGCUUCCUCGCUCGACUCGUGCGCGGCUUGGAGCUGGAUACGCGCAGCGCAGUCGAGUAUCUGACGCUGGUCAAGACAGCCUCUCACUUCCAGGCCCUGCAAAUCCUCAACGCCGCCGAAAAGUUGCCACCGGCCCAGCAUGAAUUCCUUGAGAAAUUGAUAUGGCGACGUUGCUAUAUUGCAAAUGAUUGGCAGGCCUUGCAUCGACAAGUGAAGGACAAAUCUGACGACAGCGUUGAAGCACUUGCUCGCGAUACUGCUCUUUACAAGCUCUUGCGUGAUGUUGUCGGUGUUGCUGGUCAGCGCACUGGCGAUUCCUGGUAA